AACCUAAUUUCUCCUCCUCCCUCACGCACGCGACGGUGAUCUUCUCUCGGGCGGAACCGCAGCAAAGCUAGGGCUUUGUUCUCCGGCGCCGGCGAAGGCCUUUUUCCGGCCGGUCUUCACAGAUUUGAGGUCCCCUCGUUGAAGAGAGCUCGUGGGCACGAGGAAGGGUUGAAAUCUUGAGGUUUGAAGCUUCACCCGAACCCUAGACCUCCUUCCUCUUCUCGGUUGUAAGUCGAAGCAAUCAAGAAUGAGCAAUGGAUCACCUUGAGGAUCCAUCAAAUGAUGCACCUAGAUUUCAAUGGGGCAAAAAAAGAGGAGUUGGUGGUGCUAAGAGAAAUUUUCUGUUCUAUGAGUCAUUUAUGAUUGAUAAUAUCAUUUAUUCAUUGUAUGACUCUAUAUACGCCUAUAAUGAGCUUGGUGAGCCUCAUAUUGGGAAAAUAGUGAAGUUAUGGCAACAACCAGACAACAAGAGGAAAGUGAAACUUGUAUGGUUUUUUCGCCCUAAUGAACUCAAUAACUAUUUGGAAGAUACUCCAUUGGAGAAGGAAAUCUUUUUAGCCACUGGAGAGGGUGCUGGUCUUUGCAACAUUAAUCCGCUGGAAGUUAUAGUUGGCAAAUGUUCUGUGAUUUGCACUUUAAGGGAUGAGAGGAAUCCACAGCCAUCAAAUUAUGAAUUGGAAACGGCAGAUUACAUAUUCUAUCGCACCUUUAAUGUUCAAAGCUUUACGAUAUCUGAAAAUUUUGAUGAAAAGAUAGCUGGAGUAGAAGUAAAGUAUUUUUUAAACCAUAAAGAAGAUCAGUUAGAUUCUAAGACUGAGGUGAAAGCUGACACUGAUAAAGUAGGUCCACUGAUUCCCAUUCCACUCAGUACAUCAAUGCCAGAUCCUUUGAGAAUUCUAGAGAACGCAGAAAAUAACAGCAUCAAACCUGCUGCAACUUCCUUUAAGAAAGCGGCUGAUAUUGUUAGCAAACUUUCAGGACAAUGUCUUCCUGACAAAAGAGGAUCUCCAAAAAUGGAAAUUACUUCAGAAGGUGGAAAUGUUGAAGAUGAUUCAGUAUAUGAUAAAAACAUAUCUCAUUCAGGCUUAGUUGAUGGUAAAUAUCUCAAAAAAAUGAAUAUUCCUGCACAAGUCAUGAAUGCCACUCAUUUAAACAAGAAUGAAGUAGAGUCUAAUGGCUGUAAUUCUUCAAGUCAUCUGCGCAAAGAAUCUUCUGAAAUGAGGAGCGAUGCUCCAGUUGAUAAGAUUCUCAAGAGAAUGGACACUAAUGCUUCUAAAGAAGCCAUGAGUCACCCUAGUUUCCAAAAACCAAAGAUGGAGUCCAAUGGGGCUGGCUCUUCAAAAGAGAUUCUUCAUUUGCACAAAAAUUUGUCAGAGAACAGGAACCUUGUUGAUGGUAAAACUAAAAUUGUAGAUGGACCUGAGAAAAAGUCUCCUCUUUUGGCAAUGACAAAAAAGCAUUCUGACACUGAGGUUUUGCAAGUGACUAGAAGGCCAGAUGUGGAUAAAAGCAAAUGGUUCAAAAUGAAGUGGGAGGACAGAAUACAAAAAGCUGAGAGGGAAGGAACUCUUGUAUUUGUGGAGAAUUUGGACCCAUCAUAUGCAUCAUCAGAAGUAGAGGAUAUUAUUUUCACUACCUUGCAACUAAGUUGCACUGCACAGAUGGUACCACAAGCUACAUUUCAAAAUCCCAAUCAUGGUCAAGCAUAUGUUAUUUUUAAAACAAGGGAUGCAGCAGAUUUGGCAGUUUCAAAAAUCAACCGAGGAUGCAUUUUACUACCAAAUGGAAGUCCCCUUCUCUGCAGCAAAGGACUAUUGGAGGUGCCUAAAUCAUCUAUUCGUGGGCAUCUUUCAGUAAAUAAGUUCCUAACACGAGAGGCGAGAAUGGCUGUGUCAACAUCGCAUUGUUCGCAACCUAACACAAUUGAAUAUGAGAUGGCUAUGGAAUGGCGGCUUAGUGAAGAAUUGGCAGGCAGGAGCUUGAAAAUCUUGCACAGGGAACAAGCUGAUAAGUUGAAGGAAGUGAAGAAGAGAUUGAAAAGCAAAUGAAAUGGCUAUUAAAUCUCCGACUACUCUUUUUAACUGUCCUAGUUUGAAAUUUGACUAGGGAUUUUGAGGGAUGCACUGGCUUGGGCAGUUGAUUUUUGAAAACCGAGGAAAGGAACCUGACCUAAUCUUGGUACGCAGUCUCACUGCUUGAAGUUUCAGCAACUUCUUAACCAGAGAUUAGAAUUGUGUAUAUGUGGCGUAGUUGCUAGAAAUUGCACCGGUAGAGUUCUCUUUCACACAGUCUCUGCAGCAUCUUCUGCCUUUAUACAGAGUUUCGUCAUCUAGCGGAAUGAAUUGAGAUAUUGGAUUAAUGAACGCUGGUUAUGUAAGCACAUUACUGAUCAAUAUAGAAAAUCAGGCAUUAACUUUUGGUGCAGCUGAAACAGCACCCUGGGUUAUUAUGAUUCACAGCAAGCUUGUGUCCAUGGGUUUGCCGUUGAAUUUUUGCAAGAUUACAUGUCAACUUAUUAGUUGUUAAAGUUGUAGAAUUGUUUCAUUAGUUUAGGUAAACUCGCACUUUUUGUCU